UCCAGUUAUACCAUGUUCUGUGUUUCUCCGGGAGUCAACUUUGUUUUUCUUGUUUAAUAUCGUGCAAUAUUGUUCUUCUCCUAGCGUUUCUAGCUGUCCAAAAUUCCUAAUGAAUUUAAAAAGGAAGCACUCUGGAGAUGAUUCAUUUACCCCUCGCUGUAAAAUUUUCCUGAAUGAAAAAAUUGUGGAAAAUAACAAUGUGGAGAAACUCUCAAAGAUUUACGAGAAAACCCACAAGAUGCUCUUCAGUGGUGCCAACAGGAAGUCCACAGACGAUCCCAAUGCCCAAUCCUCUUCCAAAGCUGUUUUUCUCUGUGGCAGCGGAGAGGUUAGAGACGUCCAAACAAACGCUCUGAUUCAUCCGGAAAGCCAUCCGAGAAGUUGUUCAGGAUGCCUUAAAGCUUCUACGGGGUACCAUACCACCUGCUCAAAUUGCAACCUGGAGCUGUGUGAAUUCUGUGGGUAUACCUGUUUGUGGUGCCGGAAGGGAAUCUGCGAGACCUGCAUCAAGCUCUAUAAUUGCGGCUCCCUUGAGCGUCCUAUCUGUGACAAUUGUUCCAUUUAUCAGUGAUUUUGCUAGAGAAAAAAAAACCAUUGUAAAAUUGUAUUUCUGCUAUUUAUUUUCAAUAUAAUCCAUCUCCAUCGCUUCA